AUGCAAGCCUACGAGGAGUCGGUGUCAUUCCUGGGGACCUGGGGCCCGUUCCAAAGGAAAGUCUUCUUCCUGCUCUGUUUGGCCACAGUUCCAUGUGGAUAUAACAGCCUGUGCGUCAUCUUUCUUCUUGCUACCCCUACCCAUCACUGCCACAUCCCGGCGCACGUCAACCUGAGUCAGGAAUGGAUCCAGGCCAGCAUCCCAGUGCAGCAGGUGGAUGGGAAGCCAGAGAGGAGCAGUUGUAGCAGGUACGAGCUGGAUCAUCUGCAGAACCUGUCUGCAAUGGGAGCCUCACUCAGCCUGGGCCAGAACCAGAAUCUGUCCAUACUGGGAGAAAGUCCAGAGGUCCUCCUCUCCAGCCUGAAGCAGGAGGGCUGUAAAGAUGGAUGGACAUACAGUACUGAGGACUACCAAUCUACUGUAGUCACCGAGUUUAACCUGGUGUGCAAUGACCAGUGGAAACAGCCUCUGACCUCUUUGGUCUACUUCCUGGGUGGACUGUGCGGAUGCUUCAUCUCUGGACAGAUCUCUGACAAGUUUGGCAGGAAGCCUGUUCUGCUCGGCACCAUCGCCAUGAUUGGUGUCUACAGCGGCGCUGUUGCUUUCGCUCCGUCCUGGCCCAUCUUCAUUGUGCUCUUCUUCAUGCUGGGCCUGGGUCAGCUUACCAGCUACAUUACUGUGUUUAUACUGGGUUCAGAGAUCCUGAUUGGUCCAGCCAGAGUUGUAUGCUCUAGCCUGUGUUUGCCUUUUACUUUUGUGACUGCUACAGUGCUGCUAUCUGGCACUGCCUACGUGGUCCCGAACUGGAGACACCUGUCACUGAUCAUGACUGUACCCAGUCUGGCUUGUGUUCCCCUCUGUUGGCUGCUUCCAGAGUCUCCUCGCUGGUUGGUGUCUCGGGGCCGUUUGCAGGAAGCAGAACUCCUGCUGAGGUCAGCAGCUCUGGAGAACCGAGUAGAACCUCCACACGUCAUCUUUCUGCCAGCUAGUGCAAGAACUUCUAUUGAGUGUCUUGAUCCACACUCUGAGGACAAUGGCCCUUGUACUGUGGCUUCUGCCUCUCAGUCCCUCGGCUUCUGGGACCUGCUGAGGACCAGAAAUAUCCGACAUAUCACACUCAUGCUAUGGCUCAUCUGGUUUUCCAUGAGUGUGAGCUACUAUGGAUUGGCCUUCAACAUGUCCGGCCUCAGUAGAAACCUGUUCCUAAAUUAUUUCCUGGUGUCGGCUGUGGAGAUCCCAGCAUAUGUCAUGAGCUGGCUGGCAGCACGAAGUCUUCCUCGUCACCUGUCAUUUAUCAGCUUCACCCUGCUGGGGGCACUAGCGCUGUUUCUCAUCCCGAUCACUGUGCACAGUCACCCAGCUCUCACUAUGUUCCUGGUACUGCUGGGUAAAUUUGGCAUUCUGGCUGGCAUUGGGAUGUUGUAUGUAUACACUGGUGAGCUGUCUCCCACAGUCAUCAGGAACACAGCGAUGUCAUCCUGUGCCAUGUUCUCCAGAGUGGGGUCAUGUGUUUCUCCAUACCUGCUGCAGCUGGCCAAGUUCUAUGAGUUCCUGCCGUGGAUCGUUGUGGGUUCUCUGGCACUGCUCAGUGUUCUCCUCUGCGUCUUCCUGCCGGAGACCUUCAGGCAACCGCUUCCUGACACCAUUGAACAGAUAGCACUCGCACAGAGGUUCAGGUGGCCAUGGGUCUCCGAAACUCCUCCAAGGGAUAAUGGAAACUCAGCUGAAGAGCACACGACUCCACCAGAGAUCAUCUGCACAACUUACCUAUAA